UUACAUAACUCCGAAUUGAGUCGCCUUCUAGGGAGGCACUGGUAGCAGGCCUCCUGUUCAUUAGCGUGAUCCUGGCAUCGCGCGUAGCGCAAAAAUGUAUCAAACGGUGUCGGUUUCAUUGACCAGAACGCUUGGGUACCAUAAGAGCGGGAUAGCGUAUAUAUCGCAGCAGCUGAGAACGGCAUCGACGCUAUCGUUGCUUCGUACGAAAGCAUAUAUCGGCGGGAAAUGGACAGACGCCUCUAGCGGCACCACGUUUCCGGUCUACAACCCAUCCACGAAUGAGGAGAUAGCGAAUGUGGCUGAUUGCAACGCUGAAGAUGUCAAUAAAGCGGUGAAAGUUGCGUUAGAAGCUUUCGAGAGCUUCAGCCAGACUUCAGCGAAAGAGCGCAGUACUCUCCUUCGGAAUCUUUUUGAUCUGCACAACAAGCAUCGGAAGGAACUAUCGGAAAUAAUGACUCUCGAGAAUGGAAAACCCUUACGCGAGGCUACUGGUGAAAUUGUUUACGGUGCUUCCUUUCUCGAAUGGUUCUCGGAAGAGGCAAAGAGAUUAUACGGUGACGUUAUACCUGCUAGUAUAACUGACCGAGAGAUACUCGCCAUCAAACAGCCGCUUGGGGUUGCUGGAAUAAUUACACCGUGGAAUUUCCCCAAUGCCAUGAUUACUCGAAAAAUUGGUGCCGCGUUGGCUGUGGGGUGCACCGUUGUUGUCAAACCGGCACAGGACACCCCGUUAUCGGCACUGGCAAUUGCGGAGCUGGCUGAGCAGGCAGGUUACCCAGCUGGAGUUGUCAACUUUCUCCCAGCUUCCCAAACGAAUACUCCAAGCGUGGGCACAGCUCUAGCUACGCAUCCUGAUAUUCAUGCGCUUAGCUUUACUGGUAGCACGGCUGUAGGAAAGUUGUUGCUGGGACAAUGUGCGUCUACUGUAAAGAAGGUUUCGCUCGAGCUGGGAGGCAAUGCACCAUUUAUCGUAUUUGAUUCUGCCAACAUUGACCGUGCCGUUGAAGGAUUAUUGGUGGCGAAGUUCCGAAAUACGGGUCAAACUUGUGUCUCGGCUAAUCGGAUUUUUGUGCAGACUGGAAUCUAUGAACAGUUUAUAGAAAAACUGGCGGCAGCCAUGAAGUCCCAGUUAAAAGUAGGUGAUGGCUUUGACGAGCGCUCAACAUGUGGUCCUCUCAUUAAUGCAAAGGCCGUUGAAAAAGUCAAACAUCACCUCAAAGACAUUAAAGCAAAGGGUGGGCGUAUCCUACUCGAGGGGAGUUCUAAAGGCAACUUUAUUGAUCCUGUCAUUGCGGCUGAUAUCACACUCAGUAUGGAGGUUUGUCAUGAGGAAACGUUCGGACCGUUAGUAGCUGUGAUCCGCUUUAACACAGAAGAGGAGGUCUUGAAAUUGGCCAACAACACCGAAGCGGGCUUGGCCGGAUAUUUUUAUUCCCAGGAUAUUGCGCAAGUAUUCCGGGUAGCUAAAAAGUUGCAGGUCGGCAUGGUUGGAGUUAACGAGGGACUCAUCUCAACAGCUCAAGCGCCAUUCGGCGGUGUCAAACAGUCUGGCAUCGGCAGGGAAGGAUCUCGCUAUGGCGUUGAUGAAUACGUUGAAAUUAAAUAUAUCUGCCUUGGCGGACUUGCCUAACUUGUUAGGUUUCGUCAGGGGGAAUAAUACUGAAAUGUGUAGAUCCCUUAAAGGUAACCUACCCUGAAGUUAACCGUUUUUCUUUAUCGCACGUUAUAUUCCGAUAGGAUAGAAGCCAUAAGUCAGAGCACUGGCAUCGGUUAAAUUGAUUUGAUUCUAGGUACAAAACAAAACUAUGUCAUUUCUUUGAGAUGUGGAAAAUAUGAGGCUUCAUUUAGCAUUUCUCACGAAAAGGUAAGCUAAUAUAAGCUGUAAGUCUUCCAACAUUAUAACUGUAAUAUCAUAUUAACAUGAGCAUUUUAUAUUGUACAAGUAAAACGGACGCUUAUAGAAAUUAACAACUAAUUACAGUUGUGCCAUAGAAUUUUCAUGUCACUAACUAACAGACCAAAGUACGACUGCUAGGAUUGCGUGUGUAUUCAAAUUAACGUAGUUUUCACUGAGAACAAGUGGUUAUUUGCAUCCAUCUCUAGGAAGCGCUAGUCUUUAAUUCUUAUAGUACGUGCAAUAAUGGAACCGUUUCAUAAAAUAUUUAGCUCUUUUUAGAUCUAACUAUUUUAUUUUUUAGAUGAAAUACUUUUUACAUUACAUGUACAUUUCAAUAGAAUAAGUUGGCUUUUAGUUGACUUUAAUUACGGGCGUCGUCGAUACGUCAUUGCACCCAAAAGAAGAGACAAUACAGUACGUAUAAUAUAUACGGCUGCAACAUAACGUGUUACAAUAUACUAAUACGAAUAUAGUCAAACACAAUAAAUGGGUA